UUUGUUUGUUUGUUUUUUAAUUUUGUUAAUUUCUGUAGUAGUUUUUUUUAAUUGCUUUACUUUAGAUGCUUAGUGUUUCAAUUACUGUGCAGUAAAGGGACUUUUCCCCAAUCUCUUUGGUAUUUUGCAUGCUUUUACAUUAACUCUGGCUAUAUAUUUAUAAUAACUCUGGCUAUUCUUACACAGGCACCUUCUUUAGUUUAGGACAUUUUCAUUUAGGAUUUUAUUGGAAAUGUUUUCUAGAUAUUUAUGCUGAUUGAUCUUCUUCACUCUCGCCCUCACCUUCUCCAUCUGAGGUUUUCCUUGUGGGUGUGCAGCUUGAAUGCUUCUCUGUGUCCUGCUCUGAGCUCUGCUGUUGUGUGCUGUGAGGGGACCUCAGGGAAAUGCUGAAAUCAAGACAUGGCAAAAGCCACGCUGCACCUGCGAAUCCGUUUCCUGUGGCUGCAAAGGCGAGUUCGCUGCAGGACGCCAACAUGGACGCCGACCUCGACAGCAUCUUGUGCUGGUUCUGGACAGCAGAGGGUUCUUUAAACACAAAAACAAAAUACCAGCGAAGGCUGAAGUGCAGCCUGUCUGCCGUCUUCCAUUCAGCCAUCAUGUUGCAAGAUGUCGGUGAGGCCAUUCAGUUCGAAGUCAGCAUCGGGAACUAUGGCAACAAGUUUGAUGCAACCUGUAACCCUUUGGCAUCAACAACUCAAUACAGCCGCGCAGUGUUUGAUGGGAACUACUAUUACUACUUACCUUGGGCCCACACAAAGCCCAUCGUCACCCUGACUUCCUACUGGGAGGAUAUUAGUUACCGCCUGGACGCAGUGAAUACUCUCCUAGUCAUGGCAGAAUGGCUGCAAUCAAAUAUAGAGGCUGUAAAAUCAGGGAUCCAAGGUAAAAUUCCUGCAAACCAGUUGGCGGAGGUGUGGCUGAAGAUGAUAGAUGAAGUCAUAGAAGACAUGAGAUACACCUUGCCUGUCACAGAAGGAAAAACCAACGUCACAGUUCUAGAUACUCAGAUCCAAAAGUUGCGGUCCAGGUUUCUCUCGCAGAUACAUGAGGCAGCUCUGAGGAUGAGAUCUGAAGCCACGGAUGUGAAAUCCACCUUGCUGGAGAUCGAGGAGUGGCUCGAUAAAUUGAUGCAGCUUACUGAAGAGGAAAAGGGAGAAAAACACAGUCCUCAGUUGGUAGAACUGUUGUUGGAUUUAAAGAUGAUGAUCACAAAGAAGGACAGAAGAGAAGAAUCUCUACAAAGAUGUGAUGCUGGAGACCUACUGGAACCUCAAUGUUAUACGUUCCUAUUGGGAAGACCAUCAUAUUGAAGAACAAGGUCAAACUUCUUGAAGUCCUGAAAGAAUAAUGAUACCUAAAGCCUAAUGCUGGGGAGAAGAAAAGUAGAUGGUGCUUCAGUUCCCAGGCUUGGAGUCUGAGGUUGAGACCAUGAAGGAGAGAGAAGAUGAAGAAAGAAGACUGUGCCAUGGGGCAGGUGGAUUGGCCAGGAGGACUGGCCUGGUGUAUGAGCAGUCUAGGUAGAACAUGGAAAAUGAUAUCUCACAGCUAUUAACAGGAACUAUACAAAAUAGUCAGUCCAACUGCAAUAAUUUAAAUCUUAUUAUAAAUACCAAGACCUUUGUGCUAUAUUUGGUACCUUUUUGAUUCAAGUGUGGUAAUAAAUAAAUAAAUAAUAUUUACCACAUCAA